AUGUCUGACGACGACGAUUUCAUGCAAGAUUCGGCUGACGAGGACUACGACUUUGAAUACGAAGAUGAUGAAGAUGACGAAUCCGCCGAUAUUGGAAUCGAAAACAAAUAUUACAAUGCGAAGCAGAUGAAGGUGGAUAACCCGGAGGAGGCUGUGGAUGAAUUCCUUGGCUUGCCUCCGAUGGAACAAGAUAAAAGUGAAUGGGGAUUCAAAGGAUUGAAACAAGCGAUCAAGCUGGAGUUCAAGCUUGGACGCUACAGUGAUGCUGUCGAGCAUUAUCGCGAACUCCUCACAUAUGUCAAGUCCGCUGUCACUCGAAACUACUCCGAAAAGUCUAUCAACAACAUGCUCGACUACAUCGAAAAGGGCUCCGACGACGCUCAGGCAUAUCAAUGCAUGGAACAGUUCUACUCCCUCACACUCGACUCAUUCCAGAAUACGAAUAACGAACGCCUGUGGCUGAAGACGAACAUCAAGCUGUCCCGGCUAUGGCUGGACCGCAAAGAAUACACUCAGCUGGCCAAGAAGGUGAAGGAAUUGCACCGGGCAUGCCAGCGGGAGGAUGGAACGGACGACAGCAGCAAGGGCACUUACUUGCUGGAGCUAUACGCCCUGGAGAUCCAGAUGUACGCCGAGAUGAAGAAUAAUAAGCGCCUCAAGGCUCUCUACCAGCGAGCAUUGCGAGUUCGAUCCGCUGUUCCCCACCCCAAGAUCAUGGGCAUCAUUCGCGAGUGCGGUGGCAAGAUGCAUAUGAGCGAGGAGAACUGGGAGGAGGCCCAGAGUGACUUUUUCGAGUCAUUCCGCAACUACGACGAGGCCGGCUCCAUGCAACGAAUCCAGGUGCUGAAGUACUUGGUCCUGACCACCAUGUUGAUGAAGUCCGACAUCAAUCCGUUCGACUCGCAAGAGACCAAGCCCUACAAGAAUGAUCCUCGGAUCUCCGCCAUGACUGACCUGGUGGAUGCGUUCCAACGCGACGACAUCCAUGCCUACGAAGCCGUCCUGAGCAAGCACCCCGACGUGUUGGCUGACCCGUUCAUUGCGGAGAACAUUGAUGAGGUCAGCCGGAACAUGCGCACCAAGGCCAUUCUGAAGCUGAUCGCGCCGUACACCCGCUUCUCGCUCCAGUUCAUCUCCAAGCAUAUCAAGAUCUCCGUGCACGAGGUACUGGAGAUCCUGAGCUUCCUGAUUCUCGACAAGAAGCUCAACGCAAAGAUCGACCAAGAGAACGGCACGGUAGUUGUCGAGAGUGCGAGCGAUGUGGAACGACUGUGUGCCUUGGAGGAGUGGAGCUCAUCCCUCAAGAGUCUCUGGCAAACCGCUCUCAACGGCGAGGGCUUCCGUCCCGAUGAAGGUGGUCACGGCCAGAGCGGCCCCGUCUUUACCCCGAGCUUUGGCGACGACUCUCCUAGCGCUCUCAGAUCGAUCAAUGCGCGCCGAAGGGAACACCGAGGUCGGAUUCUGGGGGGAAAGGUGGCUGGCGCG